CCGAAAGUAAAAUUAAACAAAUAUUUCCAGCUAAACAUUUAUAAUUGUGAUUAUAUCAGAAACAGACUAACUUAAUUAAUUUCAAUAGAUUUAAUUAAAAUUUCACUUUAUUUAGAAAUUAUAUACAAAAAUAAUUAAAAAGUCUACUUGGUGCAAUUUAAUAAAUAGUUUUAGCAAGAAAAGAAGCAAAUUAUUAACAUUUUUAAAAUGUAUUUUUAAUAAUUCUAGAAAGGUGGCUAUGGGAAUUUCAAUCGAUAAAAUAGUAGCAAUUAUAACUAUAAUAAUAACAAUAAUAAUGUUGAUAAAAAACAAAUAACUAUUCAGCUUGUUUAAGAUAAUACAAUACUUAUCUCUGGUUCGUAUACAAGCUUUACAGAAUAGAGAAAAGAUAUCAUAAAAAAAUUAGGAGGUUCUUGGGAUAAUGACAGAAAGGGAUGGAGAUGUUAAUAUUCAUAAUAUAAUCUUAUAAAAUAAAAUAUAGAAAAGACAGGUGUUGAAAUUUAAGGAAUACCAGAUUUUGUAAAUAGUGCAAUAAAGUCAAUAAAUGAAAAAUUGACAUUCCAAACAGAUAAAAAAUAAUAUGAAAUACUAUAUAAUCCAGAAGACAUAAAUAAAAAAAUAGAAAAUGAGCUACCACAAAAAACAGUUACCAAUCUGUAUAAUUUUCAAAAGCAAGGUGUGUAAUUUGGGUUAAAAAAUAACGGUAGAGUUCUCAUAGCUGAUGAAAUGGGUGUUGGUAAAACAAUUCAGGCUAUCUGUUUAGCAAGCUGUUAUAAAUCUGCAUGGCCGCUACUUAUUAUAUGUCCAUCUUCUUUAAAAUAUAAUUGGAAAGAAGAAAUUGUAAAAUGGGCGUAUCCUCCUCUUAAAGAAAUGCAGGUUCAGAUAUUGUCAAAAUAAGCAGAAGAAAUAUAUAUAAUGACUAGGGUUUUAAUUGUCUCAUAUGAUCUGGCUCCAAAAGUUGAAGAAAAAAUAAAAAGAUUUAAAACUAAUAUUGUAAUUGCAGAUGAAGCUCAUUACUUAAAGAACGCUUAAGCUAAAAGGACGAAUAGUUUAUUACCAAUUCUUUAAAAAAUAAAACAUGUUAUUCUUUUGACUGGUACUCCUGCAUUUGCUAGACCAAAAGAAAUGUUUACUCUUCUUUCUAUUAUUCGCCCUGAUAUAUUUAAGACUUUCAAAAGUUUUGGAGAUAGAUAUUGUGAUCCCAAACCAGCUAGAUUUGGAGGAGGAAUAGAUUACACUGGUUCCACUAAUGAAAAAGAAUUAUUCUAUAUUUUAAAGAAAACGAUUAUGAUUAGGAGAUUGAAAUAAGAUGUGCUCUCGUAAUUGCCUUCAAAGAGAAGAAAAAAAGUUCAUGUUAACGUUGACCCAAAAAUUUUAUCAGAAAUAUAAGCAAUUCUUAAUCAAACAAACAAAAGCUCUUUAGAAUAACUGUUUGAGUAAGCUCAAAAAUAAAAUGAGUCAAGCAAUGAAGAAUAAAAUGGCUCUUCAUCAAUGUUUUCUGCUCUUUCACUUUGCUACUAAUUAAGUGGAUAAGCCAAGUUACAUGAAUUAAAAAACUAUAUUAAAGAUUUAUUGGAAAAUGAUAUAAAAAUUAUUGUAUUUGCUCAUCAUAAUGAAAUGUUAAACUAGCUUGAAAAUUUUGUUUAGAAUGAAUUAUAACUAAAAUUUAUUAGGAUUGAUGGUAAAGUUGCUCCUAAAGAGAGGCACGAAAGGGUUCAAUAAUUUUAAACAGACCCAUAAGUAAAAGUUGCUAUUCUAUCUUUGUUAGCUGCAAGUACUGGUCUGACAUUAACAGCUUCCUCUAACAUUGUUUUUGCAGAAAUGAAUUGGACACCUGCAAUUAUGCAGUAAGCAGAAGACAGAGCCCACAGAAUUGGUUAAGAAAACAGUGUGCUAUGUCAUUAUAUUCUUGGAGAAAAAACACUUGAUGACUUGCUUUACAAAAAAAUAGAAUAAAAAAUAGCAAUUGUAAGUAAUAUUCUUGACGGUGAAUCUAAGGCUCUUAAGAUAGACGAAGUAUAAAAAGCAGAAAAUGAAAAUUAAAUUAUGGGUGAUGAUAAUAAUUAAUAUAUAGAAGAAGAUAUUGAAGAUUCUGCAAAUGGGACAUAAAUGACCUAAUAAAGAUAAAUGACUCAAGCUUAAUUUUUACAAUAAUUGAUACAAGAAAAAGAAAAUAGAAAAAUUUAAAGUUCUUAGAUUUCUGAGUAAAUUAGCAAUGCUGAGUCAACUGUCAAUUAAAAUUAAGUUGAAUAAGUUUUAAAACCUCUUAAUAUUUAAGUGAAUAAUAACUAAUAAUCUGAAUCAGAAAAUAGUGAUGAUGACGAGGAAGAAGAACUUUUUAUUCUUAAAAUGAUCGCCGCUUAGUCAGCAAAAAGUUUAAAAGAAAAAUAAAAUAAUAUAGAAAAAAACUCAGUUAUUAGUGAUAAUAAUUAAAAUAAUGAAAAAUUUAAUCAAAUGAGUGAAAAAACCAGUAUUCAAAAAGAAUAAAAUGAUAAAUAAAUUCCUAUUUUAGCUGAGAUAAAUGAAAAAAUCUAAAUAGAAGAUGACGAAGCUGUAAUUAAUGAAUAUUAGAUUAAAAUAAGUGAAGAAUGUAAAAUACAAAAAAAUGUUAUCCCUUAAAAAGAAAGUAAGAUACAAUGUAAUGAUAAUAAAUAUAAUAUACUUAUCAGCAGCAUUGAAGAUUCAAAUAUAAAUCAUGAAUAAAUAGAUGAUUAUAUCUAUGAUGAUAACUAAAAUUUAAGUAUUGAAUAAAUUACAUUAUCGGUUGAUAAAUUAAACUCUACUGAAAAAAAAGCUUAAUAAAAUCUAAGCACAAACAGUAUUAAUAAUAAUAUAUAAAAAUUAUAAAAUAAUAAUCUUAAUACUAUGAAAAAUAAUUAAAAUCCCUAAGACUUGGAAACUUUUAAUGAAUUUUUAUUCUCUUCUAGUAGUAAAAAGUAAAGCAAUAUCUUUUAGAAAAAAAGCGAAACAAAAAAUAAUGUUGAAAAGGAAUAACAAGCAAAUAAAAUUAAUAAAUAAACUCCAAAAGAUAAUAAAAUUAUACCAAAAACUGAUGAAUAAAUCAGUACAAAUAAAGUUGAUAGCAUAAAUAAAUAUCAAUCUGAUGAAUUUUUUUAUGAUGAUGAAGAUUAUUUUAAUAGUAUAAAGCAGGAUAUUAAAACUAAUAGUAUUGAUCUUUAUAAUUCUUAGUCUAAAUAAAAAAACCCAUCAGUUAAUUUGACAUAGAAAUAGAAAUAGUUUUUAAGGGCUGAAAACUACCAAAAAGGUAUUAAAAAAAUUAUUUUUGACAAUGGAGAUGUUGAAUAUGUUUCUAGCUCAGAAGACUUAGAAUAAUUUUAUUCUAAUAAGCUUGAAAGUAAUGUUCAAAAAAUAAUUUCAAACAAACAAGAAGAACCUAAAUGUGAUUAUGAUAGUGAUGAUGAAUUAUUUAGCUAUUUAGAUUAAAACUUCAGCUCUAAACAAGAAUCUAAUAAAGAACUUUCAUAUAGUAAGAGCAAUUCUGAUAUAUAAUAACCUACAACUAGAAAUGUAAGAAAAAGAGAAGAUUUUGAAUAAGAUUUUGUAGAUAGAAAUGGAAUUUCUGAAUAAGAUUGCAAUUAAGUUUUUAAUUAAUUUUAACCAUAAAAAUAAUCAUCAAUUUCAAAAAAAUCACUUUUGAAAUUAGCAAAGUAGCAUUUUUGA